AGUUUAACCAAGUGCCGCAUGAAGGGCGACAUACGGACAAAGUGAAGAUUCAACUUCGAACCAAAGUCAGAGACCUCAAGGAGCAGCUGUGGGAGGAAUGUGAUCGCCGACUCGAGGAAGCCCAGAAUAAGAGGAGCGAUAUGAUGGAGAGUGGGUUCAUCGAGGAACAUUCGGCGCGUAUCGGAAAUAUUUUUAGUGAUCUUGCAAAAGCAGAGAUCGUUCGCCACCUCGGGACCUGCCAAAUCCUCUGGGACUUCUUCAGUUCAAUAUACGGAGUUACCUUAAAACCCAAUUUGACAGAAAAUGUUGUGCUGGACCCGCCAGAUGACGAUUGGUCAGCGGCGGCAGUAAGUUUUUCAGAAGAUCAGCCAGUCUGGCUUUUGCAAGCUGAUGAAGUCUUGCCAGGCCUUGCUGAGAACCUUGCCAGAGCGUUGUACGUGGCCGACCUUAUCCGAUCAGUUGCGAGAGUUUUGUUCCCCUUCGAAGUGCCUGAGGCCGAAGAUAUGGUCCCCACUUCUCGCACGUUGUCAAUGACCAGCAAGUUCCAGGUUGGAAGCCGGACACCAACGCCAGGAUCGUCGAAAAAGAAGGGUGAUGGCUCGCGGAAGUCCUCAAAGCCAGGGACAGGAAGUGGACAGGAUUCCCCCGCUGGUGGCAGAACUCCCAAAGGCGCAACUACGCCGAGGGGUUCAAAGACGCCCAAGGGUGCAAGGACGCCCAAGGGGGGUGCAAGGACGCCCAAGGGUGCGAGGACGCCCAAAGGGGGUGCGAGGACGCCCAGAGGACUCAGAAAGGAAGCGCUGAGCGGCAGGAACUCGCCUACUAAUGCGAAUCUCAGAUCGAGGGUAGCGACUGCCAGUGGCAUGGACAAGAAAGGCAAAGACGCAAAAGGCGGCGGUGGCAAACGACGCACAGGCUCUGAUAAGAAAAAGAGGGAAGGGAUACCAUCCGGCGGACUGAAGGAAAUCAUCGGUGCGGAAGAAGACAACGAGGAGGAUGAAUCGGCUCUCACAGAGGAGCAAAUCAGACAGAAGGCAUUCAAGGUCGCCGCCAAGAAGGAGUUGAUCGAGAUAUUCAUCGAGGAAGAUCAGGCGCUGCGGCUGCGAUUGAGUUUAGCUGAGUGUGAUGCAGUGCUUGCAGCCGUUGAACUCAUAGCCAAGGCUGUCGAGGAGGGGAUACCCUUAUGGUACCACAUGGAGAUCCAGGGCGAGGACUUCCACGUCGAUGAAGAACAACUGAUGAUGGACAAGCCCCCACCUCCACCGCCUCGGGAACCGUCACCAGUGCCAGGCGUGCCUCGUUGGGAUACCAUCCAGGCCCUUGCGAAGGAGUUCUCUCAGGCGUCAUCAGGUGCGUUUAUGAGUGUAGUGUCCGGAGUUGGUAACACCCCCUAUAGUAGGGAACAACAAGAGAAAGUUGCCGCCCUUUUGAGAGAAAGAACGGAGAAGAUGGAGAAGAGGGAACUGAUUAAGCAGGCGAAGAUGGUAGCCCUGCGAGAGGAACAAGAGGCGAAAAAGACGCAGAUGGAGGAAGAAAUGGAAAGGUGGAAGGAGCAGGAGGAGAAGAUGGCAGCAAUAGAGGCAAAGGAAGAGGAAGAAGAAGAAGUCAAAGAAGAGGAGCCGCUGCAAAGAAGGAGGGGCGAGGCGAGUACGAGUAGAAUCUCCCCAGAGGAGGUACAUAAGAAGAUUGAUGAGUGGGUGGCACACAUCAAGUUGGGGGAAGAUAGAGAGGCCGAGUUGGCGAUACCCCCAGAGGAGAGAGAAGCGCCAAGAAGGGAGUUGGAGGCAGAAAGGGACCCUUUGCGGAGAAGAGCGAAGGAGGAGGAACAGCAGUUGGCGUUGAAAUGGUGUCAUGAUAUCAUGUUAGAGGCGAUGCGCACUGGAUUCAAAGAUUUUGCACGUGAUAUGAUGAAGUACUUGGUGUACCAAGCCCACCUCGUGAUCAGUAAGACUGGAAAAUUAUGCACAGGCGCCAUUGAGGGCGUCAAGAUAGCGGCUUCCAAGGAAGAGGAGCCUGCCCCACGCCGCGAGAAAGUCAAAGUCCAUUUCCCUGAGCCCCUCAAUGGAAAGAAAGGAGACGACUUUGACAACUGGGAGGCCAGUGUUAACUCCUAUCUGUAUCUACAGGGUGUCGUGCCAGAAGACCAUGUCCUAGUGGCCUUCCAGGCAUUGAAAGAAGAGGCGGCCAACUUUGCCAGGUCGCUUGCAUGGGCCGCGAACUGUGGCUAUGACAUGGUCACAUAUUCACGAGUCACGCCCCUCUCUGAGUUCCUUGAAGCACUCAAGGAACGGUUUUCAGACGUCACUCCGACCAUUCUCGAUCAGGAAGUGAAGCAGCCAGAGUUAUGGGCAGAUGUUACUGAUACAGUGGUGGCGGAAUCCUUAGCUCCUUUCAACGUCGAGAACUCAGGAAAGCUUGACUGGAGGAGCCUGGUGAUCGCGUUGAUCGACGCAAAUCUCAACGGAGCAAUAUCAACAUCAUCUCCGGCAGAGAUAACGGAGUUUCGUCAGUUGUUGACAUCUGCAGACGCGGAUGGAGAUGGGAUUCUGACACCCGAAGAAUUCUCCCAGGUUAAGAUCUGGUUUUCCAAAGUGCUGUCGUGUUGAUGAUAAGCUUGAUACGUUUUGUUUUUGUUUUCUCGUGUUUGCAUGUUUUUGUUUGUCUGUGUUUCCGUCUAGGCUACCAGCCGG